AUGGCAGACAUUGUGGUCUACGAGGACUCGCCUCUAGCCCAGUAUAUGCAAGACAUUCAAGAGGAACAGCAUGGGCCUGACCUACAACAUUCACCAGUUCCUGUUCGCGAGCCAGGUCCGAAACCUGACUCAGUCGGCAAGCGGAUGGCCAACAACACUGUCGGCAUGCUGACCCAUCUGAUCGAGUACUUGACGCAUACGUUCUCACCUUCGGCUUCAGACGCAGAGGAUGCCGAGUUUGAGGAACGUUUCAAGUACUUUAUUUGUACAUCCCCUUUCCUCAACAAGGCUGCGACCUUGCACACGCACGAGCGUGGUCGUCGCACAGACACCCCCAUCACGAUCGAAUACGCCGCCAAUUUCAGUCCUGGUCGAUUCGGCUACCUCCUCGGAUUCGGCACGCUUGCAACGCUCAUUGCCCGAUCGGCCCUGGCACGUACACGGGUCGGUCGAAUGCCUAUCCUCAAAACUCUCUUGAGCCGCGCAGCUGCCAUCACCCUCACUGUUAUAUCCUCCGCAUGGAUGCUCCGUAUCAUUCACCGCCGUAAGCUCCAAACUACCCAGAACCAGGCCCUUCGAUCGCUCCAAUUGCUUGUCAAUGAAUGCCAGUCCCUCGACGUCAAAGUCAAUCGAGCAAUCAUGGUCAUUCAGGAAAUCGAGCUGGUAUCCAGAGGCUAUCGUCUAUCGACCCCACUUGCGCCCAUCUCCCGGAUCGAGCAGGCUUCAAAGACGCGACGCUGUAACAUGGUCCGGGCGCAGUUGGUUGCUACUCUUCUCAAGAGCGGCGCACUGUUCCAGAAAUCGACCGAAACCUUGCAAUCCCAUAUCGACCAUAAACGCCUGAGCACCUUGUUGGACAUGUACAACAUUACGCCCUCAUCUCGACCCAACUCUCCCGGUUACCUGGACGCGACUGGAGGUGGAGGAGCCCAUAUUACUGGAACCUUUGCUUCACCCAGCACGCCUGACAACCGCCUCGCCAAUUUGACUAUCCAGACCCAAUCUGCCAACAACAACCACCUUGCCAACGAUUCUCUGACCCUGACUGCCUCGCCCACCUCGGAUGCCCAUAUGCCUCUGCCCUCGCACUACACUCAUCACGCCCGACAGCACUCGACCUCGAAACGCCGUAGCCGCACCUUGACAGGAGGAUCAAACCGGAGCCGACCUUCAAGCUAUCACGAACCCAGCCUCAACAGCCCAUUGAUUAAUGCCGAACAACAACGAUUUUUGGCCUUUGGAAGACGGCCCGCUCGACGCCAUCACACCUCUUGGUCUGCUUCUGAAGGAGAGGACUCGGAUUCGGGAUCGCUCUCCAUGGUUUCACCUCGAUCUAGCAUAUACUCGAACGCCGAUGCCGGUGGCUCUUCUCCGACGGCUUCUUCUCCCGAAAUGACUUCACUGGAACGCUUGCGAAAGAACUUUCAAAAGAUGCAUGGAUUCCGACGGGAGUUUCUCUGUGAACUGUUAUCGAUUCGCCGUAAGAGCAGGAAAGGACGUCAGGGACUUCACCAUGCUCUCAAGGACUAUGACCGGAACUGGACUGUUGUACAUGAUGUCCUCCAAGAGGGCCUCCAAGGAAUUGAAUAUGUGGUUGCUGAACUGAGCAAAGUGCUGGAUACCGAAUUAUAUACCCUGCCUCGGAUUGAUACCCACGGCAACAAUAGCUCGCCUCGGGAUAAGCAACUGCAACCCUUUGUUCAACGACUCGCGCUCCUGGAACAACACGUUCGUGGCGUCCAGGCAAAACUGUACAUCUGCAAUGAGGACAUCAAGGAAACCGGUCGUCAAGACCCUGUGGACACUGAAAAACGGCGAUUACUGGAACUACAAUACGACUCAAUUAGUCAGGAUAUCGGCAUGAUGGCAUCGGAAUGGCAACUCGGAAAAACGGCUCUCAACCACGUUUUUGAACCCCCCCAGACUCUUCCCGCUCAAGGAUCAGAUUCACCAUCUGCACUGAGCGAUUCACAAGGCGUGGGACACGGACUUGGACUGGAUACAUUGGGAGAAUCGGCAGGACAUGAUGGACCAGUAGUGGACUCGAUGGAGACCUUGGAGGAUCAACAGCGUCUUAUGGCUUUGGCGGCCAAGCGGGAAGAGACCUGGGAGGCUUCUACAGAGUCUGGGCCUUCAUUGCCGCGGAGACUUGGAUUUUCUGCCGAUGGAUCUGCAAUGGCCAAGAUGACGCGCGCUGAGAGGAUAGCACAUCAGAAGCUGUUGCGGGAACAGGAGGACGCCAAGAAGGAGCGUGUCUAUGAUAACUCCAAGAUGGUGCAUGAGCUGAAGGAUGUUUUGGGACGUCGCCGUCAUCUCCGUGAGAACGACGACGAUACCGAGCCUGUUUCUGGAUCGUCAAGUAUACCCGCUACCGCAUCGUCAACUUCUUCACGGAAACAGGGGGACCAGGCAGAGGUCGAGGAUCUAGGCUACUCUUUGGUCGGCGCAGGAUCGUUGGCUGAACAACUGGCCAAGGCGGUGGCAGAGAAGGCAGAGGAACAGGUUGGCCAGUCCAGGUCAGGAACAGCGCAACAACAACAAUAUCUCUCGCUGGCCGAAGAGUUUUCCGCGUCAGCAUCAUCCGAGCAUGUUUCUCCCUUCUCACUCAGCGCCUCUGUCUUUGCAUCUGGAUCCGAUUCGUUCAUGUCGUUUAUGGAGUCGUCAAUAGGACCCAUGGAUGAGUCCAUUGUCGAGAUCACAGGAGUUGGUGAGGCCGACGACGAGGAAGAACAAGAGGAUGAGCAGCAGCAACAGGAGGAAGGGGAGGAGUCACACGGUGGUGAGAGUGAACAGGCAACCCAGAUCUAG